ACGACGCAUAAAGAUGAAGACGAUGGAGGAGAAGUGAGCUAACGGAGAGACUGAAUAAAAAGAGAGAAAGGACCGCGUUUAACACCGGAAAGGCGACGGCUGCGCGAUUAUGAGGGGCCGAGGAGCGACGAGGAGGUCGCCCUGUUCCACCUGGACAGAAGUUUUGUAUUUUAUCCUCUCACUGCAAUCAAGAUGUUCUGUUGAUUUUUCUGUGAAGCUGCUGCAGUGGUCCGAAAAAGAAAAAGUCAGACUGCAGCUGUGGGACAUCGCAGGUCAGGAGCGUUUCAUAUCCAUGACCAGGAUCUAUUAUAGAGGCGCGCUGGGCUGCGUCGUGAUGUUUGACGUCACCAGUUCGUCCAGCUUCCUGAAUUGUUGCCAUUGGAAACGAGACCUCGACAACAAGGCCAUGCUGCCUAACGGAGACUCCAUCCCCUGCAUCCUGCUGGCCAACAAGUGUGACCUGUCUCAGCGGGUCGUGUCAGCAGACAGCAUCGACAGGUUCAGUAAGGCCAACGGCUUCGUCACGUGGAUGGAGAUUUCGGUCAAAGAGAACAAGAACAUCGGAGAGGCUAUGAGGAGAUUGGUGCGGGAGAUUUUGUCGGUUCAGUCCAGUCUGGACCCGCUCCAGCCUGGACCCCCAUACUGCGUUUCCCCUCAGCCGGACUCAGAGUGCAACAGAGGAGGAGCAGGCUGCUGCUGAGUCACAGGGACGAGCAAACACAGCCAGGACCUGCUCAGCAGGUCAGAGGACCCCCUGAGCAAGGCACUUCACCCUCAGGUACUACGUGAGGCUGUCCGCCAGUGGACGAGGACGAAGAAGCACGAGGAGGCGGCUAGCAGACACUCUGAUGUUGAUGUAACGAGGUGCCGAUCAGUCGCCCUGAACAGAGCGAUGGUGUUCAUGUGUGUCUGCACGGAUCUAAAAUGACCCUGCUGUAAAUGUGCUCAAGGUCUUAGAAUUUCUGGAAAAGUUGUAAAAUUAGAAAAGUUAUUCUCCAGGCCUGGAAAUGGUUUAGAAUUAAUUAGGGAUGUCCCAAUCCAGUUUUUUUGCCCCUGAUCACAAUCUGAGUCAUCCAAUACUUGUAUUUGCCUGGAUAAUAUGUACACACACUUUAACACUUUAGAAAAAUAUGUCUGCAUCCAAACUGUUCCCUAAGGUUAUUUUAUUUUAUUUUUAUAAAUAAACACCAAGUAAACAAA